AACAACAAUAAUCUUCGAUUCCUUCCAUUUUCUUCAUCAGUCAAUCCCUAAAAAAGCUUUGAAAUUCAAAGAGAGGAACGAUGGAUGAUUAAGAGUUUUGGAGAAAAAUCACUCCUUCGUCCGCCGUCAUCACCGUCACUGUCGAUAAAUCCAGGAGUUAUAAGGAAUUGUUCGAAAAGUGCAAUCAGCUGGGUAGAGGCGAAGCUUGAUCUUCUGAGAAACUAGAAAUAGCUCUGGAAAAGAUAGAGUUGAAGAAAUCGAGAAAAUGGCGUCGUCAUUCUGGAGCAUAGCUUCUCGACAAGCCCUGAAUAGCGGUUUGUUUCUUACGAAACUCUACUGCUUCCUUCAUGUAACUACCAACUAUCUUGGAUUCAUGGCUUAUGCUUAUGGGCCAAGCAUGAUUCCGACGCUUCAUCCUUCGGGGAAUGUCUUAUUAGCAGAGCGAAUCUCGAAGCGGUAUCAGAAACCAAGUCGUGGAGAUAUAGUUGUAAUACGAUCUCCAGAAAACCCUAAAAAGACUCCAAUCAAAAGAGUUAUUGGUAUCGAAGGAGAUUGUAUAAGCUUUGUGGUUGAUCCUGUGAAGAACGAUAAAUCUCAAACCAUUGUGGUUCCUAAAGGACAUGUCUUCGUUCAAGGUGACUAUACUCAUAACUCAAGAGACUCAAGAACCUUUGGUCCUGUACCUUACGGUCUUAUUCAAGGCAGAGUGCUUUGGAGGUGUAGGUUUGGCCAUUUCAAGAUUUUGGACCGCUUGGACCAACCCCUACUUGAGUUAGCUUUGGUGCCUUGGUAUAGGCUGAGAACCCAGAGGCGGUUGCAGACUCUUUUUUUUUAUAUACUAAAUCUUAGUUAUUUCAGCUUGUUUAUCAGAGAAAGAAACUUACUUUGUGUAUUAAUAAAGAGCAGAAUAGUAUUAAUCUAACCUCUGUUUCUUAUUUGUGUGAAAAUAGUAGAAUGACUGCUUUAUGUAAAAUGAGCUAUUCUAUAUGUUAUAAGAAGAUGUAGUUAGAUUUUUAUUUA